AUGAAGUUCUCCACGAUACCAUACGCGGAUGCCGCGUUCCUCCUCUCCGUCCUCCUGGCGCCGUUGCCCACUGCCGCCAUGUUCCGAUGCAACCACGUCGUGUCAGAUGGACAACAAUACAAUCUCGAGGCACUAGGAGGUCCUCACUCUGUUGUGACAAGCCAGGACAUUGGCAACCACAUGAUCAAUACGACGUACACUGUCGAUAUUUGCAGCCCAUUAAAAAAGAAGGGCGACGUCGAGAAAGGCGAACAGUGCCCAAACGGCACUCGAGUGUGUGCCAUCAAGCGUUUGAUAAAUCCGGCAGAGAAAGUUGACACCAUCGAAAAUGCUUUUCCUCUGGCGGGCGAGCUGGCAAUUCAUGGUGGUUCCGCACUCGAUCACAAAAUCUUGCGACUUAGUAAGGUCGACCCAGACUCGGGUAAAGAGGGACUGCGCGUGAUCUUAAGAGGUGGUUUUUUCGACACCGAAAAUCACGUCCGGCGCAAACAGCAAACAGUCAUCGAUUUUGUCUGUAACAAGGAUCUCGACGGGAGUGAGGGCGAGCAUGACACAGAAGAUAAAUACGAAUCUAACACGGAUUCUGUGGAACCUCGGGCUGAGGAUGAGGGCGAUAAAGGUGAAGACAAGGACGGAGACGAGAGCGCCCCACCCAAAGAGAUACAAUUAGGCAAGGACAAGAACCCCAGUCUUGUCUUUGACAGCUACGGUCCAAGUGAUAGCGAAAGCGACAAGGAUGUGGAUGUGUUGCAUUUGACUUGGUCCUCCAAGUAUGUCUGUGAAAGCAAGGCGGACGACGGUAAAAACGAGGGCGACGACAAGGGCGAUGAUAAGGGUGAUGACAAAGACGGUGGGGAUAAAAAGCCUAGCUCUCACUGGGGUGCUUUCACUUGGAUCAUCGUACUCGUAUUUUUCGGUACAGCAGCUUACCUGAUUUUCGGUUCCUGGCUGAACUACACUCGUUAUGGAGCACGCGGUUGGGAUUUAUUGCCUCACGGUGACACCAUCCGUGACAUUCCCUACUUAAUGAAGGAUUGGGCCAGACGAGUGCUUAAUACAGUACAAGGAAGUGGAAGUCGCGGAGGAUAUAGCGCGGUCUGAUAACAGUGGUAGACAUGGUGUUCAUUGGCCUGUCAUCCAGAGGUGAUGAACUCGGAUGCUUAAGUGCUUGGUUCUAGUGUCUACAUCCAUGACAAUCCAAGCAAGAAGCUGUUAUGAGCUUUGGGUAAGGUCGCAUAGACAGGGAAUCAAUGGUUUGGUCGAUCAGGUUCGACCCUUGUGGCUUCGGAAGGCGUCCGUUUGUUCUCCUUUAUUUCAGUGCUCGAUAGAUGAUGGCUCUUCGGUGUAUACAAUACUGUACAUAUUAUCCCUUCCUCAUGUAGCGUCUGCAUCGUUAAUUCUGAUUUCAAGUGUGUGUUACCUGGUGCGCUCGGAGUCGGUUUCUUUUACAUACCUAUACAUACCCCAUUAUCAGCCUAUUCUCGAGCUCAAUUUGCGUACUGUACAACGUAAGCUAGCCUUCAUACUGCUAGCCCAUCCAACCGAAAAGCCCAAGCUGUGCCGCACUUAGAUAGAUAUUGAUAUGCUCAGAUAGAGAGGAGACGGGGACUGCGCUUACGGAGUGCCGGUGCUUGCCGCUUUGAUGCAGGUACCGGCUGGCGGACCCUGCCGGUGGAACAUGCCUCCUGGGCAUUGCCGUAAGAUGGUACGGGCGAUCCGAGUCUAGCUGA